UGGUUAGGAACUAAGAAGUACGUGGCUUUCUAUUUUGGCGGUUCCUUCUCUGUUUGUCUAUUCUUUACGUUUAAACAUUUGAUUUUCUCGCCUUCACUUCCACUUGUUUUAUUAAUUUUUCUUGUUCUUUCCUUCUCUCUUUCUUUCUUUCUUUCUUGUCCAUUCAAAACUCUUCCAUUGACGAAGAUUAUUUUCUUGUAAAACAUUUAUGCUAUGUUCUUGAUUUUCUUGUCACUGAAAUGGGUUUCUUGAGCACUGUUUUGGGAUUCCUCGGUUUUGGAUUUGGACUUCCUAUUGGACUAUUACUUGGUUUCUUUCUCUUUGUUUAUUCUCAGCCUGAGCAUCAUGAUGUUAAGGAUCCAGUGGUUAGGCCACUUCAUGAAUUAGAUUCGAGCACUUUGGAAGAUAUUCUGCCCGAAAUUCCAUUAUGGGUGAAAUGCCCUGAUUAUGAACGAGUAGACUGGUUGAACAAGCUUCUCUUGGAUAUGUGGCCUUAUCUCGAUAAGGCAAUCUGUUCUACAAUAAGAAGCACAGCAGAACCGAUAUUUGCAGAGUACAUUGGACAGUAUAUGAUAGAAGCAAUUGAAUUUGAGCAUCUAACACUCGGAACUCUUCCUCCUGUAAUUCAUGGUCUUAAAGUCUAUGAGACUAAUGAGAAGGAUUUAGUCAUGGAACCAGCAAUUAAGUGGGCAGGAAAUCCCAAUAUAAUCUUGAUGAUUAAAUUAAUGUCUUUACCAGUUAGAGUUCAGUUAAUUGAUUUGCAAAUAUUUGCAGCACCACGGAUAGCUUUGAAACCUCUAGUGCCUAGCUUUCCAUGUUUUGCAAACAUUGUGGUGUCCUUGAUGGAGAGGCCACAUGUAGAUUUUGGACUAAAAGUUCUGGGAGGGGAUUUAAUGUCCAUACCUGGCCUUUACCGACUUGUUCAGGAGACCAUCAAAAAACAAGUAGCUCGCCUCUAUCUCUGGCCCCAGUUUCUUGAUAUACCUGUUCUUGACUCAUCCACUGUGGCUAUAAAGAAGCCUGUGGGUAUACUGCACGUAAAGGUUGUGAGGGCAAUGAAACUCUUAAAGGCUGAUCUGUUAGGAACAUCUGAUCCAUAUGUCAAACUCAGCCUGACUGGAGAGAAGCUGCCGGCUAAGAAAACCACAGUCAAGAAGAAGAAUUUGAAUCCUGAGUGGAACGAGAACUUCAAGCUUAUUGUCAAGGAUCCUCAAUCUCAAGUUCUUCAGCUGCAAGUGUUUGAUUGGGAUAAGGUGGGGGGACAUGACAGAUUAGGAAUGCAAGUGGUUCCUUUAAAAGUAUUGACGCCCGGAGAGGCAAAGGAGUUUAUUCUUGAUUUGCUGAAACACACAAAUAUUUCCGAUCCUCAAGACAAGAAGCGAAGAGGGCAAAUUGUGGUUGAACUGACCUUUGUGCCUUUUAAACAAGACAGUGCCAAGUUCACUGAACCUGUGGAUGGUGGUAGUGAGAAGUCUUCUGAUGAGGAGAAAUUGAGUGGAGCCGGUUUACUUUCAGUUAUCGUCCAAGGAGCGGAAGAUGUAGAAGGGGAGCACCACAGUAAUCCGUAUGCUUUAGUCCUUUUCAGAGGAGAAAAGAAGAAAACAAAGAUGAUUAGAAAAACUCGUGACCCACAUUGGAAUGAGGAAUUUCAGUUUACACUUGAUCAGCCUCCUCUACGUGAGAAGAUGCAUAUCGAUGUUAUGAGCAAGCGGACACGCUUCAGUUUUCUAUCUAAGGAAUCUCUGGGGCAUGUGGAGAUUAACCUUGAUGACGUUGUGCAUAAUGGACGUAUCAACGAGAAAUACCAUCUAAUCAAUUCAAAGCAUGGAUUGAUACAUCUUGAGAUUCGGUGGGAUACAGUUUGAGAAACACUAAGAAGAUAGAAUAUCUGUAACAUGCAUUUUUGAGAUUAUAAGGUAGGUAAAGAAUUUACUACAGGACUAGAAGAAGAGAGCAUGGGAACAUAUCUUUUCAUUCUUUUCAAAAUUUCAGUUGGUACUGAGUUUAUACAAAUGUUGUUCAAACAAUUCUUUUCUUUUUUGAAUGAAAAUAAUAAAUGAUUUAUGGCUAAA